CCCUCUAGUUCCCCUGCACGUUUUUUGAGGGGCGCGCUGACAUGUGUGCUGCUUUCUGCUACGAGAUCCUGAAGUGUUGUAACUCCAAGCUGAGCUCCAUCCGCAGUGACGCGGCCCAUCUGCUCUACUUCCUCAUGAAGAGCAACUUUGACUACACAGGUCGCAAGUCUUUCGUCCGGACGCACCUACAGGUGGUGAUUGCUGUCAGCCAGCUGAUAGCUGAUGUGAUUGGGAUCGGAAGUACACGCUUCCAGCAGUCUCUGUCAAUAAUCAACAACUGUGCCAACAGUGACAAAACUAUCAAGAACACAGCUUUCCCAUCAGACGUUAAGGACCUGACCAAACGCAUCAGAACAGUUUUGAUGGCCACGGCUCAGAUGAAGGAGCACGAGAGAGAUCCAGAGAUGCUGGUGGACCUGCAGUACAGCCUCGCCAAGUCUUACGCCAGCACACCUGAGCUACGCAAGACCUGGCUGGACAGCAUGGCCCGCAUCCAUGUGAAGAACGGAGACCUGUCAGAGGCGGCCAUGUGCUACGUGCACGUUGCAGCACUUGUGGCAGAAUAUCUGCGGAGAAAAGGCAUGUUCAAGCAGGGCUGCUCAGCGUUUCGUGUCGUGACUCCAAACAUUGACGAGGAAGCAGCGAUGAUGGAGGACGUCGGCAUGCAGGACGUCCAUUUCAAUGAGGAUGUCCUAAUGGAGCUUUUGGAGGAGUGUGCAGACGGACUGUGGAAAGCAGAACGUUACGAGCUCAUCUCUGACAUCUACAAGCUCAUAAUCCCCAUUUAUGAGAAGCGCAGGGACUUUGAAAAACUGGCCCACCUCUAUGACACCCUGCAUCGUGCAUACAGUAAAGUGACAGAGGUCAUGCACACAGGCAAGAGAUUGCUGGGCACCUACUUCAGAGUGGCCUUCUUUGGCCAGGGCUUCUUUGAAGAUGAAGAUGGGAAGGAGUACAUCUACAAAGAACCCAAAUUCACCCCUCUGUCUGAGAUUUCGCAGAGGCUCCUCAAGCUGUACUCUGACAAGUUUGGACAGGAGAACGUGAAGAUGAUCCAGGACUCUGGAAGGAUUAACCCCAAAGACUUGGACUCCAAAUAUGCCUACAUCCAAGUGACACAUGUGACCCCUUACCUGGAGGAGAAGGAGCUGGUGGACAGGAAGACAGACUUCGAGAAGAGCCACAACAUCCGGCGCUUUGUGUUUGAGAUGCCUUUCACCAUAUCAGGCAAAAAGCAAGGCGGGGUGGAGGAGCAGUGCAAACGCAGGACUAUACUAACCACCACGCACUGUUUCCCCUACGUAAAGAAACGAAUCGCAGUGAUGUAUCAACACCACACUGACCUGAGCCCCAUUGAGGUGGCCAUCGAUGAGAUGAGCAAGAAGGUGGCCGAGAUCAAGCAGCUCUGCUCCUCCAGUGAGGUGGACAUGAUCCGUCUGCAGCUCAAACUGCAGGGCAGCAUCAGUGUCCAGGUAAAUGCAGGGCCGCUUGCAUAUGCGCGAGCUUUUCUGGACGAUGCGAGCGCCAAGAAGUAUCCAGAUAACAAGGUCAAACAGCUGAAAGAGGUCUUCAGGCAUUUUGUGGAGGCAUGCGGCCACGGCUUAGGUAUUAAUGAGCGGCUGAUCAAAGAGGACCAACAGGAGUAUCAUGAUGAGAUGAAAGCCAACUAUAGAGACCUGGCCAGAGAGCUGUCCAUCAUCAUGCAUGAGCAAAUCAGUCCUGUGGAAGAUGGCAUGAAGAGCGUUCUUCCAGACUCGCUUCACAUCUUCAACGCCAUCAGCGGCACGCCAACCAGUGCCACCAUCCACGGCAUCCCCAGCUCGUCCUCUGUGGUAUGAUGCGUGCCUGGGUUAGCCUUGAACUCAGCGCCCUCUCUGCUCGCCAACCAGGCAUGCCAGUGAUGCCAUAUUGUCGCUUCUAAGCCCGAUCCUGCUUCUCUUCAGUCAGUGUAAAGGGAAACAGACAAAAGCAACUCUCACCUCUCUCGGUGAACCAUGACCAAGGCACUGGACCUAUUUAACGCAUACACACGGCAUGGUAACUGUGUUGGAUGUCUGUGGCAGUACUGCGGAGGAGCCUGAGACCAGAGAGGAAAUUAUGCAGGAGAGUUCCUGCCGUAUGGCCAGACAUGAUGUGUCACCUGUUUCUACCUGAAAAGACUGGUUUUCCAUUCCUGUUGGGAUCUUUAAUAUGCAUGUCAUUACAUUACACUCACUACCCUCCCAACAGGUGUUCAUUUUGAUAAUGUUCCACAUUGUGUUUUUUAUGUACAGUAUUCCACUUUUAUAAGCCACUGUAUUGAUGUCUUGAUGAACAGUAUAUGCUGCAUACGUCGACGCUCGUCUCCCUGUACAGGAAGUUAUAUUUCUACUAAAAGGGCCUCCUCUGACUCAUGUUAGCGUUCAACCUUAAAUCACUUCAAUGUCUUAGAAUGGGAGCAUCUUCAAAUAUUUAAAGCCAUUGCAUACAAAAAGUAUAUUCCAUGUUGUUUAUUAAUGUAUAUAAAAAAAGGAGUGUGUGCAAUAUUUGCAAAGGAUCUUGCUGUGUGCGGCUCAUACACUGUAAAGAUGAUGUUCACCUUCUUGCCAAAGCGAUGAGGUGUGGAACCAGACACUACGCCUACUGUGGAAGUAAUAUGAAGCUUUUACCAUUUUAGUGUUCAUUGAAAUGUUCGAGAAAUUGUUUUAUAUUUGAGCAGCAAUGUGGGUUUUUUGUAUUUUUAUUUAACACAAAGUCACUGUUCUGCUGUAAACAGAGAUGUUCCCUAAUGCUUUUUCUUUUAAAUAAAAUACACUCAUUUCUCUG